AUGAAGGGCUUUGAUACUAAUCUUCGUCUACAGGCUUCUUCUUCACCUCCUCUAGAGUUCUCCAAUGGUUUCUUGCCUAAAAGGCAAGGCGUAAUUAACCUCAAUUUCAGAAAUUGUUAUCCCAGAUCUUCCUCUCACACUAUGUUGAAGCUCUUCUCUUCCACCGCUUCCCGAGCCCACCAUUUGACUCCGGCGAUUCGGGCCGGGUCUCGCUCAGUGGAGUCUCCGUUGUUCAAAGCGCUUAGUCAGCUCACUGGGUUGAAUCGGCGAUCUACCUCGUUGGGUCAACGUGUUUUCUUCUGCUCCGAGCCCACCGAUGGCGCGCCCGACGCAGAGGCGGCGGCUGAGGCCGAGGCCAAGGCAGCAGAGUCCGAUUCCGAAGGGGCUGACUCGAAAUCUUCAUCGGCGAUUGUGCCUACGAACCCUAGACCCGAAGAUUGUUUAACGGUUCUAGCAUUGCCAGUGCCGCAUAGGCCUCUUUUUCCUGGGUUUUACAUGCCAAUCUAUGUCAAGGAUCCUAAAGUACUUGCAGCCUUGCAAGAGAGCAGAAGACGACAAGCUCCAUAUGCAGGAGCUUUCCUUCUGAAGGAUGACCCGUCAACUGAUUCAUCUUCAACCACUGACGUAGAGAAAAACAUAAGUGAGCUGAAAGGGAAAAAAUUGCUUGACCGGCUUCAUGAAGUUGGAACACUUGCUCAGAUUUCAAGUAUCCAAGGGGACCAAGUUAUCCUCGUUGGGCACAGGCGACUUCGCAUUACAGAGAUGGUGAGUGAAGAACCACUUACCGUCAAAGUGGAUCAUAUUAAGGAUAAGCCGUUUGACAUGGAUGAUGAUGUCAUCAAGGCAACAUCCUUUGAAGUUAUUUCAACACUUAGGGAUGUCCUAAAGACAAGUUCAUUAUGGAGAGAUCACGUUCAAACAUAUACCCAGCAUAUAGGUGAUUUCACGUAUCCACGAUUAGCCGAUUUUGGAGCGGCGAUAUGUGGUGCAAAUAGGCAUCAAGGGCAAGAAGUUCUUGAAGAACUGGAUAUUCACAAACGUCUGCGGUUGACACUGGAAUUGAUGAAAAAAGAAAUGGAAAUUAGCAGGAUUCAGGAAACCAUAGCAAAAGCAAUUGAAGAAAAAAUUAGCGGCGAGCAACGCCGUUACUUGCUAAAUGAGCAGCUCAAGGCUAUAAAAAAGGAACUUGGUGUGGAGACAGAUGACAAAUCUGCACUCUCUGGGAAGUUUAAGGAAAGGAUUGACCCUAACAAGGAGAAAAUUCCAGCGCAUGUAUUACAAGUCAUAGAAGAAGAGCUAACAAAACUGCAGCUGUUAGAAGCGAGUUCAAGCGAGUUUAACGUGACCCGUAACUACCUUGAUUGGUUGACCAUAUUGCCUUGGGGAAAUUACAGUGAUGAAAAUUUUGAUGUUGUGAGGGCACAAAAAAUUCUGGACGAGGAUCACUAUGGCUUAUCUGACGUUAAGGAAAGAAUACUAGAGUUUAUUGCGGUCGGAAGGCUUAGAGGCACUUCACAAGGGAAAAUCAUCUGCCUCUCGGGGCCUCCUGGAGUAGGCAAAACUAGUAUUGGUCGUUCCAUUGCACGAGCUCUUAAUCGCAAGUUUUUCCGGUUCUCUGUUGGAGGGUUAGCAGAUGUCGCUGAGAUCAAGGGGCAUCGUCGAACAUAUGUUGGCGCCAUGCCAGGAAAGAUGGUGCAGUGUCUAAAGAGUGUGGGGACAGCAAAUCCUCUUGUUCUAAUCGAUGAGAUUGAUAAGCUCGGGAGAGGCCAUGCUGGUGAUCCAGCCAGUGCUUUGUUGGAGCUCCUAGAUCCAGAGCAAAAUGCAAACUUUCUGGACCACUAUCUUGACGUUACCAUUGACCUAUCAAAGGUUUUAUUUGUGUGCACAGCAAAUGUGAUAGACAUGAUUCCGAAUCCUCUACUAGACAGAAUGGAGGUGAUUACUAUUGCUGGGUAUAUCACUGAUGAGAAAGUUCAUAUCGCAAGAGAUUAUUUGGAGAAAACCGCACGUGGAGAUUGUGGCAUCAAGCCUGAACAGGUUGAGGUGAGUGAUGCAGCUCUUCUUUCCUUGAUAGAAAAUUACUGCAGAGAAGCAGGUGUUAGGAAUCUCCAGAAACAGAUCGAGAAGAUUUACCGCAAGAUUGCUCUUAAGUUAGUGCGUGAAGGAGCAGUCCCCGAAGUGCCAGCAGUUGCAAAUGAUACAGAAGAAGCUGAAAUUGUGAGCAAGCUCGACGUAGAAUCCCCAGAGACCCAAGUUGUCGAAGAAAACCCUGUGGCAUCUGCUGAAGAAUCAAAGGAACAGGCUCAAAUAGCGAUUGAAAAGGUUAUGAUUGAUGAAUCAAACCUUGCAGAUUAUGUAGGCAAACCUGUUUUCCAUGCGGAAAAGAUCUAUGAGCCCACACCAGUAGGAGUUGUCAUGGGUCUAGCUUGGACAUCAAUGGGUGGUUCAACAUUGUACAUAGAGACAACUGUUGUGGAGGAAGGGGAAGGUAAAGGAGGCCUGACUAUGACCGGUCAGCUCGGGGAUGUGAUGAAAGAAAGCGCACAAAUCGCUCACACAGUCGCCAGAAAGAUCAUGCUAGAGAAAGAACCGGAGAAUCAGUUCUUUGCAAACGCCAAGCUUCAUCUCCAUGUUCCUGCAGGAGCCACACCCAAGGACGGUCCAAGCGCAGGCUGCACCAUGAUCACAUCACUGCUCUCACUUGCCACGAAGAAGCCUGUUAAAAAGGAUCUUGCAAUGACCGGAGAAGUCACUUUAACUGGUAGAAUUCUUCCUAUUGGAGGGGUGAAGGAAAAAACUAUAGCGGCGAGGCGUAGUCAGGUGAAAACGAUAAUAUUUCCAGAGGCAAACCGGAGAGACUUUGAUGAGCUGGCCGAGAAUGUGAAAGAAGGGCUUGAUGUCCACUUUGUGGAUGACUAUGAGAAGAUCUUCGAGCUUGCCUUUCAACAAGACUGA